AUGUCUGCGCAUAACAGAUAUUUAAGUGACAAAGAUCUCGAAGAGAUUGUAAGACGAUACGAAAGAGAAGAAGAGGACAGCGACUAUACUAAUAAUGACUUGGGUGAUAGUGGAAGUGAAGCUGAAGAUCAUGAGGAGGAAGAAGUGGAGGCGGACGAAAUAGUGAGCCUACUAAAGAAGAGUCAUCCGACGAUGAGAUACCGUUAG